AUGGCGAAACCACCGCGGCAACAAACGGAGACGGCGGACCACAUCAGCAAGCUGCCGGACGACAUCCUCGUCGCGAUCCUCUCCUUGUGCCCCUACAAGGAUGCUGUGCGAACCGCCUCGGUUUCAAGGAGGUGGGAGCGCCUCGUCGCCCAGCUCCCGAACCUGACCUUGCUCAUGUCGCUGCUUGGGCACUCCACACCCAUCGGCACGCCGAGCGAGCGGCGCGUGCAGAGCAUGGCGCGCACGCUCCGCCGCCGGUGCCGCGACGGGAGCCACGCCGCGGUCAAGAGGCUCCAGCUGGUUUACAGGAAGGACGUGCCCAUGGAGUGCCGGUACGCCGACGAGUUCAUCGCGCUCGCCAACGCCGCGAAGCUGGUGCUCCACCUCCAGUGCGACUGCCUGACAGCGCCUGAUGAUGGUGGCGAUGGUGAUUGUGGCGACGAGGACGCAGGCGCCUGGUCCCUCCAGCUGCCGCCGGCGACAACGGAGCUGGAGGUGGAGCCGUACUGGUACGCGGUGUGGCCGCCACAUAUCCACGGCUCCAGCGUGAGCACCCUUCGGUCGCUGGCGCUGGUAGGCUUCACCGUGCUGCGCCAGGACUUCCUUCUCACCGGCCUGCCGUCGCUGGAGCACCUGCGCAUCGGCCAGUGCACGCUCCCCGCCAGCAUCGACAUCACGUCCGGCGUCAUGCCUCGCCUCAAGCACCUCGACAUCACCGACGUCAGCGUGAUGACCGACGGAACAAAGGCCGCGAUCAACGUGCUCGCCGACGAGCUGCUGACCCUGCGCAUGUCAUGCCACUUGUUUAGCAAGACUAAAGCGCCGUCGAAGCACGAGAUGUUCCUCCUGCGCCCGCGCUUCAACUUCACGGCAAGGUUCACCACGUACUCGUCCUUCCGCCUGCGCGCGCCGAGGCUCCGGGUGUUCGAGUGGCGCUGCUGCUACGCGGACGAGGUGCGCGUCGAGAGCGUGGGGCGUCUCACGGACGUCGCCGUCGAGAUCGCCGCGGGCAUAAUCCCGAGGCCGUUUUGCACCGAGAGCAGGAGCGUGACGACACAAGAGCGUGACAAGCUUAUGACCGACAUCCUCCAGGGGCUUAUGCCUGGACUGCAGCCGCGCAGCUGGAAAAACGUCAAGAGGAAAUGCAUGCAGCGUGAACGUGAUGAUAGGUGGCUGUGCUUUGAAAUCACUAGUGCUUGCUCUGCGCAUGGCCAAAUGAAAUAA